GCGGCCCCGCCCCAUCGCGCUUUACGGUGUGUCGCGCGUUGGGCGGCGAGAGGUCACGGAGCGGCGGGGCCGCGGCGCGGGUCCCUCAGCGGGAUGUGGCGGGUGCUGGCGCGGCGCUUGUGCCCCGGCGCGGGGCUGGCGCGGGGCCGCCGGGCGCUGAGUGGGGCCGGGGCCCCUCGCCGCUGCCCCGCUCCCUGCGGGCUCUCGGCCCGGCCCCGUUCGGUGCCGCCGCUGCUGUCGCCGCCCGCCCCACCCAGGCUCAUCCCGGCGCGGUGCUGCAGCCUCCCGGCGCACCAGAAGGUGGCCUUGCCAGCUCUGUCCCCGACGAUGCAGAUGGGCACCAUUGCACGCUGGGAGAAGAAGGAAGGUGACAGGAUUGGUGAAGGGGAGCUCAUUGCAGAGGUGGAGACAGACAAAGCAACGGUUGGCUUUGAGAGCGUGGAGGAGUGCUACUUGGCCAAGAUCUUGGUGCCAGAGGGAACAAGAGAUGUUCCUAUCGGGUCCAUAAUAUGUAUCACAGUAGAAAAGCCUGAACAUGUUGAUGCCUUUAAAAAUUACACCCUGGACUCCGCGGCAACUGCUCCCCCUGCAGCCUCAGUGCCUCCCCCUCAAGCUGCAGCUCCCUCUCCGCCAACUCCGCCUUCCCCUCAGCCUCCUGGCAGCUCUUAUCCUCCUCACAUGCAGGUCACUCUCCCUGCCCUGUCACCUACCAUGACCAUGGGCACAGUGCAGAGGUGGGAGAAGAAGGUUGGGGAGAAACUAAAUGAGGGAGACUUGCUGGCAGAAAUUGAGACAGAUAAAGCCACAAUAGGCUUUGAAGUGCAGGAGGAAGGCUACUUGGCAAAAAUCUUGGUGCCUGAAGGAACAAGAGAUGUGCCAUUAGGAACAGCACUCUGCAUCAUUGUGGAGAAAGAGUCUGAUAUUCCCGCCUUUGCUGACUACCAGGCCACUGCGGUAGCUGACAUGAAGGCACAAGCUCCUCCACCUCCUCCACUGGUGACGGCAACUCCCGCUGCUCCUCCUCCGCCUCCCCAACCCGCUGUUCCUUCUGCUGCUGCAGUCCCCAUGGCUGGGCCACCUCCCCGGAAAGGAAGGAUCGUGGUUAGUCCCCUAGCAAAGAAACUGGCAGCAGAAAAAGGAAUUGACCUUGCCCAGGUGAAAGGUACUGGACCAGAUGGUAGGAUCACAAAGAAAGAUGUGGAGUCCUUUGUGCCACCAAAGGUUGCUCCGGCUCCGGCACCAGAGGCAGUUCCUGCAGCCGCUGCAGUUGCAGCAGCACCUGCGGGGACCUUCACAGAUAUCCCUAUCAGCAAUAUUCGGAAGGUCAUUGCUCAGCGGCUGAUGCUGUCUAAACAAACAAUACCUCACUACUACCUUUCUAUUGAUGUCAACAUGGGAGAUGUUUUGGUGCUAAGGAAAGAACUCAAUCAGGCGGUCUCGGAUAAUGUUAAGCUUUCUGUCAAUGACUUCAUAAUUAAAGCUUCUGCUCUGGCAUGCUUGAAGGUGCCUGAGGCAAAUUCUUCAUGGAUGGACACAGUUAUUAGGCAAAACCACGUGGUGGAUGUCAGCGUUGCAGUCAGUACCCCUGCAGGGCUCAUAACUCCCAUUGUAUUUAACGCACACAUCAAGGGCUUGGCUUCCAUUAGUAAGGACGUGGUCUCUUUGGCAAAUAAAGCCCGUGAAGGUAAACUUCAGCCGCAUGAAUUCCAGGGUGGAACUUUCACAAUUUCCAAUUUAGGAAUGUAUGGAAUUAAGAAUUUCUCUGCCAUAAUCAAUCCACCUCAAGCCUGCAUCCUUGCAGUUGGUUCCUCGGAGAAAAAGCUGGUGCCAGCUGACAAUGAGAAAGGGUUUGAUGUGGCCCAUAUGAUGUCCGUUACACUUAGCUGUGACCACCGCGUUGUAGACGGAGCGGUUGGAGCACAGUGGCUUGCUGAGUUCAAGAACUUCCUGGAAAAGCCAGUAACCAUGCUGCUAUAAUUUAACUGUGCAAGUAAAAUUUUCCUGGGUCACACUGUUUUGUUUUCAACAAGCUAUUUAGACUUUAGUGUUCAGACUUAUUAAAAGAGUUCCUUUUUUAUUUUAAAUAUGUAUUAUAUUAUUAUCUGGUAAUGUUAUUACCAGUCUGUACAGAAAAAGUUUGCAAAAGUGCUUUUCAGAGCACUCUGACAGCUGUAUUUUUAUACAGCCCGUUAACUUGCAAACUCUUCCAAAGCAGAGGGAAGCAUCCCAAAUUUAAAGGCGAUCCAGGCAGUAUCCAUACUGCCAUCUGCUUCCCUGCCAGGGUGAACAGAGGAUGCAUCCCGAGCAGUUUCAUGACCUCAGUGUUCUCAGAACUUGGAAUUAUAAACAUCUCUUCACAGGAGUUCAGGUGAGCUGGUAGCAGGUUGGUAGAAGGUGAAUUCCCUUGUUAUCCUGUUCCCUCGCUGGGGCGGGCGAUGUACCAAGCAGAUGUACCAAGGGAUCGAAGCGCUGGGAAUAGUUUCUCAAAGGCCAAGUGCUGGUGUUCCAAAUCUUUCCUGGAAUUUGGCACUGGUCUGGACCUUCUCAGCUACGUGAUCCCUUCUGAGCACUUUAAAGAGAGGUGAAAGAGCACUGCUAUCUGCAGGGUCACAGCUCUCGGGUAAUGCAGGGAACGUGCUGUCUUCUCGUGGACUUCCACUUAUAUGUGCUUUUCAUAUAAAAACAACAACAAGAGAGACGAGAAUCUCCAUCCUUUAUGGGAUGUGAGGGGGAACAUUGCCACCAGGGAUGAGGAAAAGGCUGAAGCGCUUGAUGCCACCUUCACCUCAGUCAUCCUCAGGGUAUUCAGCCCCCUGAGCUGGAAGAUAGGGAUGGAGAGCAGGAUAAGUCCCCCUAAUCAGGAGGAAGCAGAAAACAACCUGCUAUGCCAGCUGGACACCCACAAGUCUGUGGGGCUGGAUGGGAUCCGCCUGCCAGUGCUAAGGGAGCUGACAGAGGAGCUUGCCAAGCCACUCUCCAUCAUUUAUCGGCAGUCCUGGUCAACAGGGGAGGUCCCAGAUGACCAAGAAGGCCAACAGCAUCCUGGCUUGGAUCAGCCAUGGUGUAGAGAGCAGGAGUAGGGAAGGGAUUGUCCCCCUGGCCUUGAUGCUGGUGAGGCCACACCUCAAAUCCUGGCUUCAAUUUUGGGCCCCUCAGUACAGGAAAGACAUUAAGGGGCUGGAGCGCUUCUGGAGAAGGGAACGGAGCUGGGAAGGGGCUGGAGCCCAGGGCUUCUGAGAGUGACUGAGGGACCCUGAGGGACCUGGGGCUGUGCAGCCUGGAGAAGGCUGAGGGGACACCUCAUCGUGCUCUGCAGCUCCCAGAAAGGAGAUUGUGGUGAGGUGGGUGCUGGGCUCUUCUCACAGGUAACAAGUGAUAGGAUGAGAGGAAAUUGCCUCAAGUUGCACGAAGGGAGGUUUUUAUUGGAUAUUGGGGAAAAUCUCUGUACUGACAGAGGGGUGAAGCACUGGCGGAGGGUGCCCAGGGCAGUGAUGGAGUCUCCUCGUGUAGAUGCGGCGCUCUGGGACAUGGCUGAGCAGGCACUGUGGGGCUGGGCUGAUGGCUGGAGAUCUUUUCCAACCUUAACGAUCCCUUGGUUAACUGCUGUUCCUCUUGCUAAGUUAAUAUCAGGCUGCGAUGCCGUGGAAGUACCUGUUUUGCAGAACGUUCAAGAGCAUCUUGAGUGUUGGAACCCCAUACUGGCUCGAAUGUUUGGAAUGACUUUUUUUCAGGCAUUCUAACACAGGAAGCUUUGAGUUUGUCGCUGGUGCUGUGGUUUUUCUCCGAGUUGUCUGUGUUGUCCCGCCUCAGUGAGCUGCAGAACGUGCUCUCCGUGUAUAUAUUGUAUGUAAGGAAUGCUUCCAUAAUUUGUUGGACUUGUGUCCAGUUACCUCAGUUAUUGUACCCUGAAAGGGGUGCAGUGCUGAACUCUUAUUAGAUUCCAUUUUGCACAUGGAAAUUUUCAUGUAAUAAGGUCGACCAUGCAGUAAUUAUGUAACCAGGAGAAUUAAAUAGUGGGGGAGAAGUUUAAAACAAAGAAGUUAAAGCUGACCUGUUCUCUAUAUGUUGCAUUUAGUACUGUCUCCUGUAAAGCUCUACAGAAUCCACUGAAAAUACUGAAAGAAAGUACUAUGGAAAUUAAAUAUUUUUGUGGGAACUGUUUAACUUCUGAUUGCUGCGAUACCUGGUUUUCAUACCUGGGUUUCAUGCCUGGCUUAAGCAAAAAAGUGCAUUACAGUUUUGUUUUUUUCUUUAAUGAUCCAGAACCUCUUGGUUUUUCUUUAAUGAUCCAGAACCUCUGGUUCUGGAUGCGCUGGUGAACCUACGAACCAUUAAACGUCUGGAAUUGACAACUACUAAAA